AAACACACCGUUUUACAAACCCUAGCUCCUCCAGCAAACCAAACCAGAAAACCCCAAGGCUUUCACCAUUUACCACUCACCUCCUUCAUCAACACCAAAUCUCUAUCGAUUUCAGGGCCUCAACCACCGCUAUGAUGAGCAGCGAUACCCUCCGUCAACACCAAGACGACGGCUAAAUCAGAUCCAGAAAGAGUAAAUUCAGACGAAAGUCUCACAAUUAACAGAAAGCAUGGAAUUCACCUUUAAGGAAAGCAUGCAGAGGAAGAGGAAAAAGGCACUUGAAGCACCAAGAGAACCUCGUCGUCCUAAAACUCAUUGGGAUCAUGUUUUGGAAGAGAUGAUUUGGUUGUCGAAGGACUUUGAGUCUGAGAGGAAAUGGAAAUUGGCUCAAGCAAAGAAGGUUGCUUUGAGAGCCAGCAAAGGCAUGUUGGAUCAGGCUACCCGAGAAGAAAAGAAAUUGAAGGAAGGGGAACAACGGUUGCGAAAGGUUGCACUCAAUAUUUCUAAGGACGUGAAGAAGUUCUGGAUUAAAAUAGAGAAGCUGGUGCUUUACAAGCAUCAGAUGGAACUUGAUGAAAAAAAGAAGAGGGCACUUGAUAAACAGCUUGAGUUUCUUCUAGGACAAACAGAGAGGUACUCCACAAUGUUAGCAGAAAAUCUGGUGGACAAACCAUUGCAGCAAUAUUCCGUAGUGGAUCAACAGGAUAUUCCAUAUGAGGAACGACAGAAAAAUGAUACUAAGGAACCAGCACAAUUAAGUUCCGUUGUUCCAGAGCCUCAGUCAGAUAGUGGAGACAAUGACAAUGAUUACGAUGUGCAAUCAGAUGAAUCAGAAGAUGAUGAACAUACUAUCGAGGAAGAUGAAGCUCUCAUAACUGAAGAGGAAAGGCAAGAAGAAUUGGCUGCUCUGCACAAUGAAGUUGAUAUUCCAGUUGAGGAGUUACUUAAACGCUAUGCUUUGGAGAGAGUUAGUGGAGAAAAUACUCCAGAAAAGAAAAACAAUGGAGUUAACCUGACAGUUGAGGGGGGAGAUCAUGCUGAGAGCAAAGGAAAAGAUCACUCUGCUGUUGAUGACCCUGAAAUGAACAGCUUGCCUGUUAAUACUGGUCGUCGUUGUGAUGAAGUAAAUGGCGACUUGGCCAUGCCAGAGAACCAUUUAUCAGAAAUUGAGACAGGUGAAACCAGAAAUCAAUCAAAUGUUACUGGUGAUCUGAACAAAGAUCUAUUGCAUGAUUCCUAUGAGGAAGAGGAAGAUGGUGAUUUUGUUCUUGCUAAUGGAGAAGAAAAGGAUGAUGAGACAACCUUGUCAGAAGAGGAAGAACUUGCAAAAGCUGAUCCAAACAAUACCAUCGAUGAGAUUCAAUUGCUGCAAAAGGAGAGUGAAAUUCCUUUGGAAGAAUUGCUUGCAAGGUAUAAAAAGGAGUUCAGCAAUGAUGAAGUUUCAGAGGAUGAAUCUGAAUAUACCCCUGCUUUGUCAGACAACUUGUUGGAUUCUCCAGAGCAUAAAGAUGUCGAACUGAAGCAACAGGAUGUGUCCAUGAAUGAAAUUGUUGAACCUGGUGAACUUUUACCGGUUGAACAUCAUCUUGUAAAUGAACGAGAAGCAGUAAAUGAGAAAAUUGCUGAAGAAGGAAAUGAGAGUAGGAUUGCUGAUGCUGCUGCUGCUGCAAGAUCUGCACAGCCAACAGGAAAUACAUUUUCAACAACCAAAGUUCGCACGAAGUUUCCAUUUCUUCUCAAGUACCCCCUUCGUGAGUAUCAACAUAUUGGCCUGGAUUGGCUUGUUACAAUGUAUGAGAAAAGGUUAAACGGGAUUCUAGCUGAUGAAAUGGGACUUGGAAAGACAAUAAUGACUAUUGCUUUACUUGCACACCUGGCAUGUGAAAAAGGAAUAUGGGGUCCUCAUCUAAUUGUGGUUCCAACAAGUGUCAUGCUUAACUGGGAAACAGAAUUUCUUAAAUGGUGUCCUGCCUUUAAGAUUCUUACUUACUUUGGAAGUGCAAAAGAACGGAAAUUAAAGAGACAAGGUUGGCUGAAACCAAACUCCUUCCAUGUGUGCAUUACAACUUACAGGCUGGUUAUACAGGAUUCAAAAGUCUUCAAGAGGAAGAAGUGGAAGUACCUGAUUUUGGAUGAAGCUCAUCUGAUUAAAAAUUGGAAGUCCCAGAGAUGGCAAACUCUUCUAAACUUUAAUUCAAAACGACGCAUCUUAUUAACUGGUACUCCCCUGCAGAAUGAUCUCAUGGAACUCUGGUCUCUAAUGCAUUUCUUGAUGCCUCACAUCUUUCAGUCUCACCAGGAGUUCAAGGAUUGGUUCUGCAAUCCAAUAUCAGGGAUGGUAGAGGGACAAGAAAAAGUAAACAAAGAAGUUGUUGAUCGUUUGCAUAAUGUUCUUCGUCCAUUUCUACUUCGUCGACUGAAAAGGGAUGUGGAGAAGCAGCUGCCAAUGAAACAUGAACAUGUCAUCUAUUGUAGGCUUUCAAAGAGGCAGCGUAACUUGUACGAGGACUUCAUUGCUAGCUCGGAGACGCAAGCUACCCUUGCUAGUGCUAACUUUUUUGGGAUGAUCAGCAUUAUAAUGCAACUUCGUAAAGUUUGCAAUCAUCCGGACUUAUUUGAGGGUCGUCCAAUUAUUAGUUCUUUCGAUAUGGCUGGUAUAGACAUCCAGUUGAAUUCUUCUGUAUGUUCGUUGCUUUCACCUGACCCGUUCUCAACUGUUGAUCUUUAUGGUUUGGGGCUUCUAUUUACUCAUCUUGAUUUUAGCAUGACUUCUUGGGAGUUUGAUGAAGUAAAUGCUAUUAGUACUCCUUCAAGAUUAAUCAAAGAGCGUGCCAACCUAGAUAACUUAGAAGAAAUUGGGUUUCAACAUAAACAGCGGAAGAAGUCACCUGAAACAAGUUUUUUUGAGGAGAUUAGAAAGGCAGUGCUUGAGGAGAGGCUAAAAGAAGUGAAGGAACGGGCAGCAUCUAUUGCAUGGUGGAAUUCCUUGAGGUGCCGGAAAAAACCUAUUUACUCGACAACCUUUCGAGAGCUUGUCACCAUAAAGAAUCAGGUUGAUGAUAUUCAUCGCCAAAAGGUUGAUCAACUCUCUUGUUUGUACUCUUCUAAGCUCGCUGAUGUUAUUCUUUCACCAGUUGAACACUUCCAGAAGAUGAUUAAUCUUAUCGAGUCUUUUAUGUUUGCCAUACCUGCUGCACGUGCACCAGUACCAAUUUGUUGGUGCAGUAAAACAGGAAGUUCUGUGUUUCUGCAUCCAACUUAUAAGGAGAAAUGCUCUGAAAUGUUGUUGCCUCUUCUUUCACCUAUUAGACCUGCAAUUGUCAGGAGACAAGUGUAUUUCCCUGACAGGCGAUUGAUACAAUUUGACUGUGGUAAGUUGCAAGAACUUGCAGUUUUGCUUCGGCAGUUGAAAUCAGAAGGUCACCGAGCAUUGAUAUUCACCCAGAUGACCAAAAUGCUUGAUAUAUUGGAGGCUUUCAUAAAUUUGUAUGGUUACACUUACAUGCGUUUAGAUGGAUCCACUCAACCAGAGGAGAGACAAACAUUAAUGCAGCGAUUCAACACAAAUCCCAAGAUUUUUCUCUUCAUUUUGUCAACCCGUAGUGGGGGUGUUGGCAUCAAUCUUUUUGGAGCUGAUACGGUUAUCUUUUAUGAUAGUGACUGGAAUCCAGCAAUGGAUCAACAAGCUCAAGAUCGCUGCCAUCGAAUAGGACAGACACGUGAAGUACAUAUCUACAGGUUAAUCAGCGAGAGCACUAUUGAGGAGAACAUCUUAAAGAAAGCCAAUCAGAAGCGAGCUCUUGAUGAUUUAGUCAUACAGAGUGGAGGCUACAACACAGAGUUUUUCAAGAAGCUUGAUCCUAUGGAAUUAUUCUCUGGUCAUAAAGCUCUUCCAAUGAAAAAUGUACAGAAAGAGAAGAAUCAUAGCCAUGCAAAUGAGGUUUCUGUGUCUAAUGCAGAUGUGGAGGCUGCUUUAAAGUAUGCAGAAGAUGAAGCAGAUUAUAUGGCAUUGAAGAAAGUUGAACAGGAAGAAGCUGUGGAUAACCAGGAGUUUACGGAAGCCAUUGGGAGAUUGGAAGAUGACGAGCUUGUUAAUGAUGAUGAUACGAAGACUGAUGAGCCCACUGAUCAGGAUAUGACAACUCAAACUAAAGACGGUGGUGUGAAUGUAAAUAUAAAGGAUCCUAUUGAAGAAAAAACUCUAACUUUUGCUGCCAAUGAAGAUGAUGUUGACAUGCUGGCUGAUGUCAAACAGAUGGCUGCAGCAGCAGCAGCUGCUGGACAAGCUAUCUUAACUUUAGAGAAUCAGCUCCGUCCUAUUGACAGAUAUGCUAUACGUUUUCUGGAAUUGUGGGAUCCAAUUAUAGACAAAGCAGCCAUGGAAUCUGAAGUUCGGUUUGAGGAGGAAGAUUGGGAACUAGAUCGUAUUGAGAAAUACAAAGAGGAAAUGGAAGCUGAGAUUGAUGAUGACGAGGAACCACUGUUAUAUGAAAGAUGGGAUGCUGAUUUUGCAACUGAGGCAUACCGACAGCAAGUUGAGGCCCUAGCUCAACAUCAGUUGAUGGAAGAGCUGGAAGCUGAAGCUAAUGAGAAGGAAGAUGCAGAUGAUGGAUAUUGCGAUACCAUGAUCAGGAAUGAAACGCCAAGCAAUACUAAACCUAAGUCCAAAAAGAAACCGAAGAAAGCCAAGUUCAAAUCUCUGAAGAAAGGAUCUCUCACUUCUGAACUGAAACAUGUGAAAGAGGAACCGUCAACAGAAACUAUGUCCAUGGAUGAUGAUGUCAUAUAUCAUGAGGAAGCCGCUUAUUCAGAUAUGACAUCACAAUACCCAGGUGUGCAGAAAAAACGUAAGAAAGUUGAAACAGUUUAUGUUGAAUCUGGAAAGAGCUCGAAGAAGUCUAAGAAAUUGAAGAAGACCUCUGAAACGUGCCUGUCAGAUCUAGACUCAAGCCUGUCUGGUAAGCAGCAAGAUGAUUCUGUAGAAUUAAAACCAUGUGAGAACAUGGUUGCUGAUCUUGAGCAGAAGCAAGCAGGCAGAAGCAAAAUGGGAGGAAGGAUCUCCAUCACUGCCAUGCCUGUGAAGCGUGUCUUGAUGAUUAAGCCAGAGAAGUUAAAGAAGGGGAAUGUUUGGUCAAGAGAUUGUGUUCCAUCUCCUGAUUCUUGGUUGCCACAGGAAGAUGCAAUAUUAUGUGCUGUUGUGCAUGAAUACGGUCCACAAUGGAGCUUGGUCUGUGAAACAUUGUAUGGGAUGACUGCUGGUGGGUUUUAUAGGGGAAGAUAUCGCCAUCCAGUUCAUUGUUGUGAGAGAUUUAGAGAACUAAUUCAAAGAUAUGUCUUGUCUGCCCCUGAAAAUCAUUUUAGUGAAAAGACAAGCAGUGCAGGGUCUGGAAAGGCCCUCCUCAAAGUAACUGAGGAUAAUAUUCAGAUGCUCUUAAAUGUUGCUGCUGAGCAGCCUGAUCAUGAAUUACUUCUCCAGAGGCACUUCACUGCUCUGCUUUCUUCUGUAUGGAGGAUGACAUCACGCGUUGACCGCCAACAAAACCUUUCAUCAUCUAGAAAUGGCCUCUAUUUUGGUGGAAAGUUUUUCAGCUCUUUCAAUCAGAUAUCCUGGAAUUCUGUGAAGGAACCUGCAAAAAGAAUGAAAUUCACUACUUCAGCUCAGAGUUGUAAGUUGUUGGCAGCUGCACUCCAUGAAUUCAACAGUAGACCCCUGGAUGACACAGUCUCCAUUUCUAACCGAAUUGAAGAUGCUCCUUGCAUUUCUGAACAGUUGGAAGUAACGCUGGAAUUUGAAAAGGAGGAAGGUGAUUCAUUGAUUCCAUUUCCACCUGUCAUAAAUUUGAUGAUACCCAUCACAGACCCACUAAGAUUCAGAAACAAGGAUGUUGGAGAACAUAAUCUUAAAGCUUUCACAAAUGUGGCCGAGAGUCGAUUCAAGGAUGCAGCGAGAGCUUGUUUUGAAGGCAGUCUGGGUUGGGCAUCAUCUGCAUUCCCAGCAAAUGAUGUCAAGUUGCGGACAGCUUCAAAGCCACAGUCCUUGGGAAAGCAUAAGCUGUCUGUCUCUGACUCGAAGCCACCUAGAUCAAAAUUGAAGAAAACUUCAGAGCGUGGUGAGAUGCAUAAUUUAUUUGCAGAGCCAGCAUUGCAACCACUGUUGACAGUUUCACCCAGGGACCCCAAUUUAAGGUUUGACCUUGCUCCAGCUGUCAUUCAGGAUGGGUGGACAAAUGAUAGAGACUCUUGUUCUAUUUCUUAUUUGGAUGAGGAACUUCCAGGGGAACUGGGGAGCUUUGAAGCCAUGCCUCACGAUUACGUCCCUGGUUUAAUCUCUGGCCUAGAUGAUUGUUCGUUGUUGCCUGAAUAUACUGAUAUUGGGUAGGAUUGACCGAGAACUAAACUGCAAAUUCUGAUUCUCGCUUGUGACAUUUAGAAAUCAGGUAUUCUCACUGCAAUCCCAAGUAUUGAGUACUCCCAAAUGAAUUGGCAUGUUUUCAUGCUCUUGGGGGCAAAUGGUGGAUGACAAAAACAUUGAAUGACGAACAAGAGGAAUUCAGCAUGUCUGCUUGUUCACGCGCUGGAAAUUAUGGUUUGGUCUGAAAUGUUCUCUAGGAGAUCGGGGUUAGGGAAAAUAGGAAUUGUAACAUAAUUUUUUUUUUUUUUGAAUUUGAAUUUAAUUCUUAUUGGGAUGUGCCAAUUUUGCUGGGGCUUGGAUUAACAGAUCAAACUUUGGCAUGUUUCCCUCACACAAAAAGGAAUUAGGAUAGAAAAUUUGGUGAUUAAUGAAAAGUGAGGUUCCUCUCUC